AUGUCUAAAGUUGAUAAUGACGCAUCCUCAUCCUCAAAUCCCUUAAUAUCGAUAUGGGCUCUUCUAGAGGGCUACCCAAGUUCUGCGAAAAUUAAUGUUAAGCCAAGCGAUUUUAUAUCACAAUGUCCUGAUUUAAAUAAUUUUAAGCAAAUUCUUAACCAAGAAUAUGAGACUCUUAAGGAUGUAGAACCGGAUAAUAUUGAUUUUUUCUCCGAUAAGGAUCGAACACAAACUCUUCUCGGUGGUGUAUUGCUAGCGGACCUUGUUACAACUGCUUCAUGCCCACUUAUCGUUCGAUACCCGCUGUCCACGUCGAGUAUCAUAGUAACUUAUAAAUCAGAGAACAGCGAAGUGAAGUGCCAACUACCACACUCUAGCGGAUCUUGGGAUUUGCUACGAAAAGAUGUUAUAAAAAAUUUCAGUAAAUUAUCACAUUUCGAAAAUACAAAAGUGGAUGACCUCUAUUUUGAAAUCUCUGACGAAGAAAAUUUUUAUAUUGAGAAUGAGUUUCAGUUUAACAUGCUCGUGAAACGGAUCGAAGAAAAAAAGAAAAUACGUGUUCUUCCCGACCUUAAAGUCCAAAUUAAAGAUAAAAGACCUUAUAAUGAAUGGGACAUCGAAGAUGUAUUCAAAAAUGUUUUGCAUCAAUAUUAUGAUGGAUCACUUGACUACGCAUUUAAUUUAGAUAAACUCCCAAGUUACAAUUCAAUUACCGAAGAGGAGAUGAAAUUCUUUGUUGAAAAUAUUAAAAAAACGGGAAAAGUAUUCAAAUAUAAUAUCAAUGUUAAUGAAGCAACUGCUCGAGAAUAUAUAUCUAUUUUCAUGAAGACCGCAGUUAAGCACAUUCAAGAGUUUACGAACAAUUCAGCACAGUUAUAUGUAAAAGCUGAUCUUUAUGGAUCUAAAGGGUAUGGUCCCGUGGACUAUUUAGUGAAACUUGACGAUUUUGCGGUGCUAGUCAAUGGGAUCGGAUGGGAUUUUACUAAUGGGAUAGCCCAAAACAUUAUGCAAUUACACAGUGCGUCAGAGAAAUUUGAAUCAUCACAACAAUUGUUUGGAAUUGUAACAAAUGGGAUUACUUGGUAUUUCAUUCGCUGGACUGGUUCUCCAGAAAAACCCAAAGCUGAAAUCUCUCACCAAUAUAAUUGUGUUUUUGAAGGGGAGAUGCAGAGUGCAAAAAAUAUAGUUUCUUAUAUUGUUCGUAUACUAGAAAAUCAAGACGAUAUGUUAAGAAAUAACUUAAAACGUGCAUGUAUUGACUAA